CCUCCGAGCCCACCAGAGCUUUCACCUAAGCAACUACCUCAAACAAUAGUAUCAUCAAGACUUGAUGCCAAUGCCAGUAAGACUGGUUCUAGAGACUCUGGAUUUGAUACAAUACCUAUGGCACAUAUGUCUACUAGCAAGGGUUUGGUCGAGUCAAUAACCCCUACUCCAAACCCCAUGACCCUUAAUUCGACAAGUGACGAGCUUCACGUUCUCAACACACCAGCAAACCAUAUGAGCUCCUUUUCUCCGCCGCCAAUUGGAUCCCCUAAAGAUACAGACCAUAGAAAUCCAGUGAUGCCACCACCCCCGUUACCAAGAGUCGAGAUACCGAAAACCUCCAAAGCUCCUUCGUCAAUGAAUAUUGUUCAUAAAACCCACCAAUUUGAUCCGACGACGCAUCCGUGUCAAAUUUGCGUCCGAAUGCGACAGCAUGCAAAUAUUGCCCAGGCCCAGGGACACCCUAUAUUACACCAUAAUAUAGCACAGCACAUGAUUCCGCAAAUGGCAUCUCAUCCGCCGUAUAAUCAACAUUUUCAUCCCCAAAUGAUGACCAUGGGACCGAAUAGCAUGCAUCCUUUCGGCCCAGGUUUCCCCCAAGUUAUGAUACCGAUGCCUGGAAAUAAUCUUGCCGCUCUUCCAUCUCAUAUGGCCGGUCCGAUGCAGAUGCACCAGGACCAGGAGAUACACUCUCCGCCAAAUACUGAAAAGUCAGAUGAUCACGCCCAACCCUCGCCGCCACCGCCGCCACAGCCAGUGCCAGAAUUAGUAAUAGCAGCAGCAGGGAAUGACGAGUCACACACAACACCGAACCUCGUGAAGCCACCAUCAUCCCUCAUUCAGCCUACCUAUCGCAAACCCUCGCCUAACCUGAUCGUAGAUGUAGCAGAGACCUGCCAGGAGAAAUUUCCCUUUGACGAAGUCGCUAAGAGGCAUAAUGUACCCGUAGAAAAAGUCUUCGACAUAUUUGCAGCUAUCAUCCAGGUCCCGCUUUUACGUUGUCCUACGGAUAGACGAAGAGCAGGGAGGCUUGCUACUUCGCGGGUCAAGGAAUACACAAAAAUCAAGAAAGCAAUACAGGAAACUGGUAGCAAAAGUAAUUAUAAUUCUAAAGAGGAGAUAGCUGUAAAGCCGUCGGACAUUGCGGAUCGUCUAGGUCCGGUUGGCUUACCGGAUGGCUUCAAUCCCGGAGACUAAUGAGACAUUCUGC